AGUAUUACAAAGUACACUGAGAAUUGAUUGAAAAAUGGCCCAAGGUACCAAAAAAUUGGUCAAAAUGACCAAUUUUAGAUAAAUGUAAAGCAAUGCCUUUUUUAAAAAUUCAUACAAUUUUUUUUUGUAAAACAUUUUUAAAAGUUUUACAAAGUGCACUGACAAUUGGUCAAAAAAUGGUCCAAGGUACCAAAAAAAUGGUCAAAAUGACCAAUUUUAGAUAAAUGUAAACCAAUGCCUUUCUUAAAAAUUCAUACGAUUUUUUUUGCAAAACGUUUUUAAAAGUUUUCAGAAUUGGUCAAAAAAUGGUCCAAAUGACCAAUGUUACAUGUAGAUGUAAAACAACGCGUUCCUUAAAGAUUUAAACGACAAUUUAAAUUAUAAAGUUUUCCUAUCUUUCUUUCUCUUUUUACUCCAUUGCCUCUUGAUGGCGAAUUUCACGCUUCGAAUCGUCGGUAGUUUUUAAUGUUCAAUUUCCGUCGUAGAGAGUCCAGACGUGAAGCCCACCGGUGAAACAUUUCGUAUCGGACGAAUAUGCAAUUCGACGACAGAUCGAACGUUACGAACGAUUCGUCCGUUUACACAAACCUGCCGGCUGUCUUCUUUCCACCUUUUGCGUGACAACUGUGUUCGUCGAUCUGCGAACAUCGCCGAACGCUCAUCGUCGUCGCCUCAAAGUGUACAAAUCAGCGAGCGCGUCUCCACGACGAGAUUAAAUUUUCACGCGGAACGGUCGUGACGUUAUUUUCGCGGAGACGGUGUUUUACGGUACGGCGCCGCACGGCGCACACAGUUUUACUCGCCGCCGUUGCGUAACACGUGUGCACGCAACGUAAUGUAGAUAUAAUUGUUCGACGUUGUCUGUUGUAUAAUGCGCGUGUAAUACGGUUUCCAGCGCUGGGUCCAGCCGCGGUGCGAGUCACGAGCGAGGCGUCGUCGCGCGAGCAUGUCCCCCGUGCUGUUGCGUUCCGGGCGGUACGCGAUCGUCUUUCGGGCAGAUCGGCUAAUUGACAACCUUGAAUCGAUCGCGAUCGCGACUCGUGGCCGACUGUGAAACGCGUUUGCGGCGCGCGUUGCUGGUGUCUGCCCCGCGACAUACUAUUUUACGCGCGAUUUCAUUCGCCUGAUUCCGCCGAUCGGCGCGACAUAUUACUUUACACGUUACAUAGUGCUACACUAAUGUUUGAUCUAGUGGUUAAUCUUGCUCGUUCCUUUGUCAAGUUAUUGUAGAAUCUCUCGCGACUAUUUUUCACGUUGUAAUAGUGUUGGACUGUGUCGUGACACAUCUACGAGUAUUUUACACGUUGUAAUAGUGUUGGACUGUGUCGUGACACAUCUACGAGUGGAAAAGAGAAUGCGUAUACACGGUGAACAAACGAUGGACAGUGUGUCGCGAGUUAGACGGUUCGGUUAGCGGAUGGCGCGAAAAGGGAGAAAUGGCAGAAGCGAAGCACGUUUCGGCGUGGGCCACGUUGAAGUUGGCCAGAAGGUUGACGUUGUCGAACAACAGCGCGAACACCACCGCGCACGCUGGCGGUUCGACGACGAUUUGGUACGACGUCCCCGCGCCCGUCAUAAUACACUGUUGCCAAGAAUUGCCAGGAAACGCGCUCGAAUCCGCGGUGAUCGACUCGAUCGAGAAACGAGAAGAAGCGACCGCUGUAGUAACUGACAGCAACGAACCGUCGUCGACAACGACGACGACGACAACCGAUAUUCGAGAUGAUGGCGCACUAGGUGACAACGAGACUCGACACAGAAACACGGUGGAAUUGACGGCGGUCACGUCGGUGAAAACCGACGACGAGGGUGUGCCGAGGAUCAGCUUCAGCUUCCUGCAGGCGGACGACGAAUCGAAAACAAGAGGGGCAAGCGUCGCGGCCGUGACCUCGAGCGAGAACGACCAGGACGCGUCGACGCUAGAUCAGCUGUACGAUUUCCCCAGGAAUUCAUACGUGGUUGUCGACGAGAUCGAAAGCGAGAAAGUGGUAGAAAGCAGCGGGGACGAGCGCCACGCCGCGGUGGAAGUUUCGGGCUCGGAGAAAUUCCACGCGGAGACUCGAAACGAACCGCCUAAGCACGGUGAGGAGGACUCGAGAGAGUCGCAAGGACUCGACGACGAGUCCCCUCAAGGAAUAACAAUCACGUCCGUGGAGAGAGCGAGCGAUCGAACGACCGCAUCUCCGGAAGAAGGGACAGAUACGCGCGAUCGAUCGUGUCGUGGAAGAGUCGAAGGCUCUAACGACACGAUCGUCUCUUGCCGAAGGGGACGUUACCCAAAGAGACAUCGGCUGGAGAAGGCGUGGGAGAAAAUGCGAAGCUGGCUGAGGGAGGAGACCUCCCGGAUCAAUGACGUGGUGAACAAACACGCGAGACUGCAGGCUGUCGGUGCUCUCGCCGAGGAGUCGUGCAGCCUGCCCGUGUCGAAUGGUAACCAAGCGUCUUACGACCUGACCAAGGCGAGGACGCGGCAGUCGGGGUCGAUCCUCAGGGUCGAGGAGUUCGGUUUGUCCUCCGUCUCGGAGGAGAAUCUCGACUCGUUCCCCUCUCCCGGAGCCGUGGUCGUUUCGUCGCGAGGCAGCAGGACCAACGUUCGAGCGCCGACGAAGAGCGACGAAAGUUUGGGAAAGAUGGUGGCGAGCACGGACAACCUUGCGUUGAACGAACCAACGUCGAGGAACGAGGAGGCGAGCCGAGCUUCCAUCUCCCUCAGCAUGGACAAGCUCUGCUCCGACGCGGAGAACGACGAGACCAUCAGGGCUCACGCUCGAAACGCCGGCUUGAUUAAGAGGAGAAUGCUGGGGUCAAUCAGAGGGUUAAUGGCCUCCACUCAUCUUCUGCACUCGCCUUCUUCGCACGAGGCCGACGAGGGUGGACAAGGUGGAUUCGAAGAUGUUCGAAGGUAUGUGAAGCAAGGUGGUGAUUUCUGCAAGGAACUGGCGUCUAUCCUACACGAAAGGGCGGAGUUAGAAGCGGCUUAUGCCAAAGGGCUUAGCAAGCUGAGCAACAAACUGACCAAGGCCUGCGCAAAAGAUCAAGGUGGUAACGGAAGCGGAGGUGUGAACGAGGCAUGGAGAUGCGUCGGCGAGGAGAUGGAGGCCGCCGCGGAGGCCCACAGGAUCUGGGGAAUCACGCUCAGCGAACAAAUUGCCAAGCCCCUCAGAGUGGGAGUAGCAGAGGCCCAAGGCCGUUCGAGGAAAUCCAUCGAGAACUCGGUGGACAAAGCCGGCAAGUCUCUUCACGAGUGGCGUAACAUCGCGACGAAAAGCAAAAAGCAGAGUUUCGCCUGCGCCAGAGAGAACGAGAGGUUGCAGGACCUGGCAAGGUUACAAUCGAUCAGCCAGAGCCAGCAAAGCAACAACAAAUCGUCGACCCAUCACAUGACGGAGAAGGAGGCCAGCAAGCUCGAGACGAGGAGGAGAAAGGCCGAGGACUCGUCCCGCAGGGCCGACACGGAGUUUUACACGGUGAGCGUGAGAGCCGAGAGAGCCAGGCUCGAGUACGAGAGCACCGUGAGGAAAGGUGCUAAACAAAUGGAACUCCUCGAGGAGGAACGAUUGAGCGCUCUCAAAGAUCUCGCCAACGUUUAUUUGGCUCACCUGCAAGCCUUAGCUCCCCGUCUGCAACAGAGUGCAGACCGUUUGGCAGCUCCUAUACGCAACUGCAACGUUUCUCAGGAUAUCGAGAUCUUGAAGAAUCUUAUACGCAGAGUAGAAAGCAACGAGGGAUGCAACGCCGACCAGUUGCUGCCAGACUUCUACGCCGAGCACGUUACUCUGGCGAUGAACAGGGAACGUCGGAAACAAGCGCUGGUACGAGUCCUUCAUUUGAUCAGACAGGACCUGGAACGGGAGAGACGCGGCAGGGAGGGUUUGGAAACUCUUCAUCGAGCUUUCAUCGCAACGCCGGCAUUCGCGGCGGACGAAAGCACGCAAAACGUAACGGAGAAGCUGCACCAUAUGCGUUCUAUGUUACUGUAUCUAGAGGCAGCGAGGUACAAAGUUGGGGGGACAUUGGCCGAGGUAGAGGGCAGCAAACGAGACAAACACCCGUUGGCUGAGCAUAUUCUAGUUUCAAGGGACAAACAGGGCUUGCAGCAGAGUGUCCUUAAGAUUCCUUCUUGGGCAAAGAACGAAUCGUUCGAGAUUCAGUACGACGAAGACGAAAUGGACGUUCAUCUCGUAAAGGAUCACGAUGCCGAGAGUCGUCACUGGGCCGAUCGGACAGCUGGCGACGGAAACUCGGAGAAUCCGCCGGAUGAAGACGACUUUAGCGAUUUCGACGAGUUUAGUAGCCACUCCGAGGAUAAUAACAACCAGGACGUGGAAGCCACGGAAACCAGCGGCAAAUCGGAUGGAACGGAACAGUGCAGGGCGAUCUAUCAAUAUUCGGCGAAUUUGAACGACGAGCUCAGUCUAAGUCCCGGGGACUUGAUAACGGUGCAUCAAAAACAGCCGGAUGGUUGGUGGAUAGGAGAAUGUAGAGGGCGAACUGGAAUAUUUCCAGCCACUUACGUUCAAGUUAUUCAUUAGUUACGCCUCAUUUCGCCUGACUAAAUUCAAAAUUUAAGCACCUGAUAUCGAAGAAAAAAACACAUGUAACACGUAUAAAAAUGAAUAACAACGAAAAUUAUUAAUCAUACAGAUGAGCAAAAUACUACUAAAGUACGCUUGAAAUUAAAACGUGACUCAUCUUUUAAAAAAAGAAGUCAAAUUUCACUGUACAAACACCUUGUUUCGAGGGUGUGCUAUUAAAUUACAGUAGCGUGAAAAUAUUUAUUGAAUAUUUAUUGUCCCGUAGGACAAGUUACUAAAUAUCUGUUUGUAUUAAUAAAGUGCCAAUGAUAGCAUAUUACGCGUGAAAAUAGAACAAGACAAAGUUAACGUUUCCGCCACAGUCUUGUAAAUCGUUAUCGUUUGUACAACGAAGUAUUUCUUUUUUGUUUGUAUAUUGCGCAUUGUAAUUUAUAACAUAAUUAAGUUGUAAUAUUAUCGUGAAUGUAAGCGUGACGCAAGUCGUUUUUAUAAUUGACGGAGAAGAAAAGAAAAAAGUAAGCGACGUUUCUUUAAAUAACCUGAAGACUGCUUAUUCACGCAGCAUGAAAUCCACGUAUGAAAUUAAACAGCGUGAUAUGUAUAUAAUCUGUUUAAUUUCCGAGAGAAAUUUCAUUGUAAAUACGUACUUAGCCGCAUUUAAUAACUUAAACUUGUUGUAUGUAACAAAAAUUUUAAUUAAAGUUCAUUUAUUUAUU